AUGGGAAGCGUCCGCCGGCGAGCGCUAGUGUGCGUCAGCGACCUUCGCAUUGAUGAAGCGCUGAGGCUGCUCGCCUGCACCAAGAAACAUCACCACGAACGUCUCCAUCCCCCACUUCCACCUCGCCCGCCGCGGCGCCCCCGCCCGGCCCGCCCGCCCGCCGCGCCGCCCCCGCCGCCCCUCCUGCCGGCCCACGCCGCCCUCGCCGCCGCGUCGCCCCGUAACCCCGCAUGGCCAGCAGCCCGAUUCGUCCCGCUGUCGCCGGCGUCGUCCGGCGGCGCGUCCGCGACGGCCCCGACGCCCCCGACGCUCCCGACGGCCCCGACCUCGACGCCCCGACGCCGUUGGAAGCCCUUCCUGCUGCCCGCCCAGCUCUACAAGAGCCUCCUGGCCAACGCCGUGCUGGGCAAGGCAGAGAACAUCCAGCUGGGCUGCGCGUCGCCCGCCCCCGCCGUCUCCUCCAUCCCGGCCUUCCCGCGCAACCUGCUGCUGCCGGCGUCUGCUGCGACGUCAGCCGCCUCCGCCUCCGACGUCGCCGCCUCGCCCUCCGACCAAGCGGACCUCUCCGCCUCCGACGUCCCCGCCGAAGAGCGAUGUCCGCCGGCGCAAAUCGACGCGAGGCGGCAGGGCCUGGGGCGCUGCCGCGGGGCUGCAGGCAUCGCCGUCGCCGUCGCCGCAUUGGGGCGCCCUACGUUCCAACGGUCUCCGUGCAUGGAGGCUCGCGAUGCGAGCUUCCUCCGCAAUCAUAUGCGACCACGGAGCCACAUGAAACACAUAAUGUACUCUGCAUAUCCACCUGCCUUCUGCUAUAUUAUAGACGAUGUGUCAUAG